CUCUUUCCUCAAUUAUUCAAUUUAGAAAGAGAUGAAUUGUAUAAAGUAGACUCUGAAGUCUUCGUCUUCUUGUUGGAUGAAAAGUCAAACCUUUGAUAAGUUAAUAGAAGCAAACAUUGUUGUACCAAUUACAAGUAAGAGCACUAGCAAAAGAGAGAGGGAGAGAAAUCACAGAUCAUUCUUGUUUGCAAAUUACUCUUAGCAUUCGAACAGGAACAACUACUUGAGAUUUCAAUAUUGAGACGGAAAGUAUGUUUAUGUUGCCCUUAUAGCUUUAGGGACUCAAUUUUGAAAUUGACACAUCACACAAAACAGCAGAAAUGGCCGAGAUUGCCUUAGCAGUUGGUUGUGUAGUUGGUGGUGCAUUUCUGAAUGUUCUCUUUGAAAGGAUUGCUAGUUGGGUUGAGCUGCUCAAGAAGAAUAAGCAUGAUGAUAGGCUUUUAGAGAAGCUGGAGGACAUUUUGCUUGGUCUUCAGAUUGAGCGAAGUGCUGCAGAGAAUAAGCAGGCAUCAGAUUCACUCGUGAGGAAGUGGUUGAAUAAGCUUCAGCAUGAUGUAAAUGUCGAUGCAAACCUCUUGGAAGAAGUCAAUUAUGAGGCUUUGAGGCUUAAGGUGGAAGGUCAACUUCGAAAUCUUGAAGAAAAAAGCAACCAGCAAAAGAAGAGUACUAAGAAGAAUGAAGGAGGAGAAAAGAAGAAGGAAGGAGGAGGAGAAGAGAAUAAGAAGGAUGGAGGAAACUUAAGUGUUGUUUUGAAAUCAUGUCAGUGUGAAGGAUGCGUUAGUACAGUUGUCAAAGCCAUUCGAAGUAUUGGAGGUGUGGAGAAAGUUAUGUGUGAUGUAGAUUCGAAGAAACUAACUGUAAUUGGAAAAGUUGAUCCGGUGAUGUUACGAGAGGAAGUUGAACGGAAAACACAGAAGAAUGUUGAAGUUGUCUCUCCGAUACCGAAAAAGGACGGUAAGGGAAAAGGAGGUGGCGACAAUGGCAGUGAUAAUGGCGCCGGAGAGGAGAAGAAGAAGAUGCAGAAGCAGAACAAGGAAAAGGAUUCAAGGGAGAACACAGGAGGAGAAGAUAAAAAAAACAAAGCGAAAGAGAAGAAGAGUACUAAGAAGAAUGAAGGAGGAGAAAAGCAUAAGAAAGAAGGAGGAGAAGAGAAUAAGAAGGAUGGAGGAAACUUAACUGCGAUUUUGAAAUCAUGUCAGUGUGAAGGAUGUGUUAGUACAGUUGUCAAAGCCAUUCGAAGUAUUGGAGGUGUGGAGAAGGUUAUGUGUGAUGUAGAUUCGAAGAAACUAACUGUGAUUGGAAAAGUUGAUCCGGUGAUGUUACGAGAGGAAGUUGAACGGAAAACACAGAAGAAUGUUGAAGUUGUCUCUCGGAUACCGAAAAAGGACGGUAAGGGAAAAGGAGGUGGCGACAAUGAUAAUGGCGCCGGAGAGGAGAAGAAGAAGAUGCUAAAGCAGAACAAGGAAAAGGAUUCAAGGGAGAACACAGGAGGAGAAGAUAAAAAACCCAAAGAGAAAGAGCUUCCGAUCACCACCGUGGUGUUGAAGUUGCAUUGCCAUUGUCAAGGAUGUAUUCAGAAAAUCGACGAAAUCAUGACCAAAUUCAAAGGGUACAAGGAGAUGAAAGUAGACGAACAAAAGGAUUUGGUGACUGUUACCGGGUCGAUGGACAUGAAGGUAUUGGCUGAAACGUUGAAGAAGCAUUUGAAGAAGGAAAUCGAGAUUGUCCCGCCUAAGAAGGAAGGUGGAGAGAAGAAAGAGAAAGGAGGUGGUGAUAACGGUGGUGGCGGCAGGAAAGGUAAGGGUGCUGGUGUUGGUGGUAACUAGGGGUGGCAAAAUUAGCCCAAGUCCAAAUGACCCGCCCAAUUCGCCCAAGGUUUGAUGGGUUUGGGCGAGAGUGAUUUUGAUAAGAAAAAAUUACAGUUUAUAGAUAAAAAUCUUUUAUAAUUACAUGCUAUGGGUAAUGUUUUAAAUAAUUACAAUUCAUAGGUAAUUGUUUGUUAAAAAUCAGUUUUAUGUAAACGCAUUUAUGCAAAUAUAAUUUCUAAUGUAUAUAACAAAUGUAAAAUAAUUUUCUCUCUCAUAAUUAAUAUUUUAUUCUCACUCUUA